CUCCCUGGCCACGCCCCUCCCCUAGCCACGCCCCCCCGCGAGCCGCAGAGCCGGACAUCGAGCCUUGGCCGGAGGAAGGUCGUUCCCUUUCGCCAGGCCUGCCGUGAAGGAUGUCCAGCGACCCCCCUCCCCCCUACCCAGGGGGCCCAUCAGCCCCACUCAUAGAAGAGAAGGACGGCUCCCCUUUCCCCGCAGGCAGGGUCUCCCCUGCUGUGGUGCAGCCGCCUUUGGAUGUCGGACCCCCGCCGUAUGAGCCGCUCCCCCCACAGCCGGGCUUCAUCCCCCCACCCAUGUCUGCUGAGGGCACGAUGCCCUACAUGCCACCCCCAGGAGGCUACUAUGUUCCUCCCGGACCCCACCCCGCCAUGGGCUACUACCCCGGCCCAGCUGCCGCCUAUGCCCCCAUGGGAGGCCAGACAGCCACAGUCCUGGUGCCCUCGGGGGCGGCAACCACCGUGACCGUCCUGCAAGGGGAGAUCUUCCAGGCGGCCCCUGUGCCCACCGUCUGUCCCCACUGCCAGCAGGCCAUCACCACCAAGAUCAGCCACGAGGUCGGCCUCAUGAACUUCCUGCUCGGCUUCUUCUGCUGCUUUGUGGGGUGUGACCUUGGCUGCUGCUUGAUCCCUUGCCUGAUCGAUGAGUUCAAGGACGUGACCCACACCUGCCCCAACUGCAAGGCCUACAUCUACACCUACAAGCGCAUGUGCUAGCAGCAGCGCCACCCAGGCCAGGAGACCCCCUUCCCUUCCCACAUGCCCAGUUCCUCCGUGCUUGUGUCCAUCCUUCUCCCUUCAUAACAGAGAGUCUCAAAGGGGUCUCAGGCGCCAUGAAUGGGGGGCUCCGAGAGGCAGCAG